UGUUUGUGAACAGUUAUCAACAUUAUUAUAUAAAAUUGCUGUAUUUAUAGAUGACGAGAUUGUUAAAAUAUAUGACAAUGCUACACGCAAGAAUCCCAAUAGUGAAGAACUUAGCAAUCAUUGGUUCAUGGCGAUGGUUAGGAAUAGUGAUUUCAAGGGACAACAGCAAGUUGCUUUAAAGCUACAUAAGAAUUUCAAAUCAAACAAAUAUUUAUUCUGGGCAAUCAUGAGCUUGGUUUUACAGGCAGAGAAUGCGCCUGCUAACCAAUCAGGAAUUUUUUUAGAGCUGGCCGAACGCAUGAUGGACAAGGCUGUGAAAGAAGGGAAAUUAGAGCAAACUGAAGAGAUUCUUCUUUAUUUAAUUGUAUUGCUAGCCCAAAAUAAAUUUAAAGCAGCUUUAUAUGUCUUGGAAGGUGAUUUGGGUAAGAAAUGCAAAGAAGAUGUCGAAAUUAAUCGUAUUCGGAAUGAUUUGUUCCUUAAAACGAAUAAUUGGAUCAAAGCAAUUGAAAUGAGCAAAAAAUCGUUGACAGAAUCGAAUCCGGAUGAUUGGAACAGCUAUGUUACAUACUUAGAAUCUUAUUUACACCUACUUUCUGAGUCUGAUAAGAAUGAGAAUGGAAGCAGCCCAGCUUCUGUUAAUUUGGGCGAAGCUCGCGAGUUUUUGUAUUCAUUACAAAAAAGUGUGAUAGAGAGUUCUGAUAUUAAACGGGGUCCUUUCCUUGCUGAGCUUAAAUUGGAGAAGAGCAUCGUCGAAAAAUUAAAAGAUUGUAAACCGGCAAAAGAAAUCGAUACUCUUAUUGUCGAUUAUUUUCUCAGGUUUGGAUCCAAAGCUUGUUGCUUUGAAGAUUUGCAACCUUAUUUGAAGGAAAUUCAUAUAGAUUCUGCUAAAAUAAUAAUUGAGAAAUUUAAAGCUACAAUUGAUGAGUCUGGUGAUGACGAUAAGUCCAAGAUUCAAACCAUCAAAAAGAAUGUAAAUAUUCAUAAGUUUGAGAGAUAUCUAAAUUUACUUGUAGAAUAUAACGAGGUCGAAUCAACACAAUAUGUUAAUAAACUAUGGCAUUCAUAUAAAGGCUCGCUUCAAUAUGGAACCAAGUUACUAGAAGCAGAAAAUCAACACGGCGAUGACUUUAUGUUAUUAUGUUCACAUGUUUUAAUUGAUUUAUAUAAAAAAUUUGGCAAGAGCAGUUAUAUCUUCCAAGCAAUUUUCCUCUUAGAAGCUGCUAUGAAAAAAAGCAAUUAUAACUUCCAGUUUAAAUUACUUUUGAUAAGAUUGUAUCAGACGAUUG